UCACAGGAUGGAAUCAGCAAAGUUCACAGUGAUUGGACCCUCUGAACCUGUCACUGCCAUCCUGGGUCAGGAAGCUGUGUUACCCUGUCACCUGUCCCCCCGGAUGAGUGCUGCAAACAUGGAGGUGAGGUGGUUCCACUCUGAGUUUGCAUUCUUUGUGCACCUGUAUCGUGAUGGGAAGGAUCAGUAUGAUGGGCAGAUGCCAGGCUACAGGGGAAGGACAGAGCUUUUGAAAGCCGGACUCACAGAUGGGAUUGUUCCCUUAAGGAUUCUCAAUAUCAGAUGUGCUGAUGAAGGACAAUACCUCUGUUUUGUUCAAGAUGAUACUGUUUAUGAAGAAACUGUAUUGGAACUGUGGGUAGCAGGUCUGGGCUCUGCUCCUCUUAUCUCUGUGGAGGGUCACCAAGAUGGAGGGAUUCAGGUGGUUUGUCAAUCAGCUGGUUGGUACCCAGAGCCUGAAGUGCUGUGGAAAGAUCUCAGUGGGCGACAUUUACCAACACUCUCUGAAACAACAUCCCAAAGAGAUAAUGGCCUGUUUGAAACAGAAACUGCUCUCAUUGUAAUUGAACAUUCAAACCAAAACUUGUCCUGUUUCAUCAGGAACACCGUUCUCAAUCAAGAAAAGGAAUCAGCAGUUUAUAUAGCAGAUUCCUUUUUCCCAAGGGUGAAUCCCUGGAUGGUGGCUCUGAGUGUGAUCCUGGUGGUUUUGUUUGGUUUCAUUGGCCUCACUGUUUAUCUGUUUAAAAUGAAAGCCCAGUUCCACCUCUAUUUCCAGCUCCUCCCUUAUGCCCGGCUCUGCUUUCAGCCCAAGCUCCCGGACUCAGCCAACUGUGGUGUAAUGGAGGGGGGAGGGGGGCCUGAGACAGACUCCAUUACUGAGAAACGAGAUAACGAGAUAAGGUGGAGAAGAUCCGUGGCACCUAUAGAAGAAGCGCAUGUGACUCUGAAUCCAGACACGGCUCAUCCCCAACUCGUCCUGUCUGAGGACUGGAAAAGUGUGAGAUGGGAACAGACAUGGCAGCGACUGCCCAACAACCCUGAGAGAUUUGACUCAUGGGGCUGUGUGCUGGGCUGUGAGGGAUUCACCUCGGGGAGACAUUGCUGGGAGGUGGAGGUGGGGGAUGCGGGAGGCUGGGCUGUGGGGGUGGCCAGAGAGUCUGUGGGGAGGAAGGGAGAGAUCAGCCGUAGCCGUGAGGGGGGGAUCUGGGCUGUGCAGCGCUGGGGGGGUCUGUUCCAGGCUCUCACCUCCCCUGUGACCCCCCUGCCCCUGAGCCGGUUCCCCAGCAGGAUCCGGUUUUGUCUGGACUGUGACCGGGGGCAGGUGACAUUUAUCGAUGCUGGUGACGAGGCCCCGAUCUUCACUUUCCCGCCGGGCUCCGUCCCUGGGGGGAGAAUCCGACCCUGGUUCUGGGCGGGGCCAGGAUCCCGGCUCAGCCUGUGUCCCUGAGACACACAGCAGAGGGGGGAACUGGAAAUCAGCCUCUCUAGCCACACACACCCCAGUCUCUAUGAUCUUGGAGGACUCCCAUCUACCCAG